AGAAAAUCGUGUUGAUCAAGGAAUGUAGAGAUGAGGCGCAAAAUUUGACAGGUUACACAGCAAGAAAUCAUGCCACCAAAAGGAAAGAAAAAAGAUUUUGAUCGACAGUUUGAGGCUUUUUUGAAGGAGUCUUUUUCAUCCGAUGAUGGAUCUCUAGAUUCAGCUAAAGUCAGUAAAUAUUUGGAUCCCAGAGAACAGACAACUCCAAAAAGCAAAAGCAAGCCGUGGUGGAUGCAGAGUGACGAUGAUGAUGACAGCGACAUGGGAGCCAAUUUUGGCACAGGAAAGACAACAAGUGGAAAGAGCUUUAUAAAGAAGAAGAAACCAGCAGAACCCAAACACAGUACUCCAAAACAGACUAAUCUUAAACCGGUGGAGCCGACCACACCAGAACUAACACCCGAGGAGAGGCAGGGGAGACAGAAAGCUCGCACCGGCAAGAAGGAGAUGACUCAUUUAAAGACCAAGCAGAGAGGAGGACGGGGUCGAGGAGAUACAGGGACCUCAAUGAGUAAGGACAGCCUGGAGGAUAUAUCUGAGAAAUCAGAAGAGGAUAGCAAUAAAGAUAGGCAUGGUGCAGCAGCUGGAAAGGAGAGCAGCUUCGGGUCAGAUAAAACAAGUCGACCAGGGUUAGAAACACUUGAUGAAAUAAGGGAUAAAGAAAAGUUCUUUCAGGACCUCGAGAGGAAUGCUGACGGAACUUUAGACUACCAACGCCUCAACCAGGAUCUUAGUCAGUCAGCUACGACCAUGUCUCCGGAGGGUGCUGCUAAAACAGCUGCCACGCUGGCCGCUUUGGAGGAUAUCGAGGAGGAUAAACCACUCACCACUCGAGCACACAAACACUUUGACCCCCAGCAAUCUGACGAGCAAAUUACACAGGAUCCAUCUCAAAAACCAAGCAUGUUGUCAAAAGUGUCCUUGAUGGAUUCCUUGGAGUCUACAAUGAACACCACCGGGUCACCGAUGGUUGGCCGCAGUGGUAUCCACGAAAAAGCACAAGGGGAUCAUGGUGAGCAAGGAAUUCCGGACGAGGUCGAUGGACCAGGGGGACGCCAAUCUGGGCCUCACACAGAUAUGUCUCCAGAAAAUACCAUUGGGUUUCUGGGUACAACCACCAGUCACGAGAUAGAGGCUCUUCACAAAGCCCUUAGGGAGGUAGGCCUGUCCCCUACCAUACACAACGACUCCCAGCCUUUUGACCUUUCAUCGCAGGGCAAUCGCUCCACCACCGAGAUGGUACAAAAGAUACUUAGUGGGGAACCAGGCAAGCAGAGAAAUGUAGAGGAAAUACUGAAGGAAAUGGAACAGUUAGAGAAAAAGUCCAAGGAAAACCAGUUAGAGGAUUUGGACGUAGAGCUUCUAUCAGAAAGACGAAGGAGUCCAUACAGCCCAAAGAGUCCAAGAAGUUUAGAGAGACAGCGCCGGGUGGACCAGGAGGAAGGGACUGGCACCAAGGGCCAGGAAUACUCCCCAGUCCCUGACUCGGCACGUGGGUUUGACCAGUCUCACACAGAGGACACUGAGAGAUACAAUCCUGUCACACAAGUGCCUGAGACAAAGAGUACAUCUGAUUCUAUUAUGGAAAGAGGACGUCAAAAGAAAAAGAAGACAAAACCAGAAAAAACAGAAAAGGUAAAAGAUAAAACUUCAAAACAAGUUUCACCAAGACGUCGACCUUCACCUAGGUCAUCACUCCGGGGAAGUCAAUCAAGGUCACCAUCAGCAUCACCAAGGCGAUGGAUGUCACCAAGGUCACUUAGUAAGGAUGAUCCAAGGUCAAGAUCACUAUCACCAUCUAAGAUAGGUUUAAAUUCCACUAAGAAGUUCUCCCAUGUAAAGAGUUCUGGAUAUGGCCAGAAAUCUCCUCCAAAAGGUAAUGGUAGUCGUCCCCACAGUGCCCGCGACCCCUACUCCAGGGAGGAGGAUGGACAGAGCCCUGCCCCAGGGGAGGAAGGCGAUUCAGGCAAUACAAAUCAGAAUGCUCCGGUGAAGACCAAGAAAAAAAAGGACAAAAGUAGAUCCAGCAAGUUUAAGCACCAGUCAUCUCGGAAACAGCAAGCUCAUACCUGGUCCCCAGCAGAGGUUACCAAGCAAAAGAUCAAAGGGAGUGAUUCACCUGUGUUCAGUAAAGAAAGGAAGGGCCACAAUGUGAUGGAGACACAACUUAAGGCAUCAGUUGACUCCUUUGCUCAGUACAUCAAGGACCACUUCGCAGAAUCAGACAUGCCUCAGGCUAAGUACUCAGAAGAUGAACCUUCCCUGGCAGCCAGUUGGCGUGGAGACAAGACCACUGACCAGAUGUCUGUCCAACCAGACAGGACUGACCAGGACUGGAAGGUGUUAUAUGAGGAGGAGAAAGCAGGCAAUACCAAGCUUAAAGCUGACAUGUUAUCAAUGGAGAAGGAGUAUGACCGGAUGCUGGAGAGCCAGAAACUCGAAUUUGAAGAUCAGAUUUUCAAACUCAAGCAAGAAGUCUAUGUACUCUCUGCCAAGGUACCUGACUCACAGUCAGAGAUACAGAAACGGCUGACUGAUAGGAAAGGAGAGGUUAGUCCGGACCAGAUGGAGAAACUGGACCGUGAAAUCCAGGAGCAGGAGAAGCUGAUUGCAGGAUACCAACAGGAAAACAAACGAUUGUACGAGCAGCUCAAGGAUCAAAAGAAACAGGUCAAGGUCACUGAGGACAGGAUGUUCACAGAAAACCAGAAAAUGGCCACAGAAAUUACUAAUCUUAGAACGAAGCUAGAGAGAAAGGAAGAUGAAGUGAGAAGUAAGGGUAUUAUAACCAGUUUACCUGCCCAGCAGAACAUAGCCAAAGGUGAUACAGCGUCAGCUCUGGGGGCCGGCAGGAUAGCCCAGCUUACAGCAGAACUCAGGGAGGCAAAGCGUCUGCAAGACAACUCCAGUCGAGAACUGGAAGUUCUACAGAGGUCUAAGAUUGAGCUGGAGCAACAUAUUGACCAGCUAAUCAAGGAACGGGAGUCUUUGAGGCAGAAAGUUGCCGAGGCCAAGUCACUCAAGUCAGAGGAAGCAAGGGUCAUUGAAGACAAAUUUAAAUCAGAGAAUGACCGACUCACCAGGAAGCUUAAAUGGUAUGCAGAAAACCAAAAGCUGUUGGACUCUGAUGCAAAACGUUUAAAACAACAGGAAGAGGAAAUUGCCAAGCACAAACUACGAAUUGAACAUUUGACAUCAGAGACUGGGCGUCGACUAGAGGAUAACAAAGUGAGAGCUAAGGAGCGAGCCAAUGACGCUAAGAGGAUCCAAGAUCUACAAAGACAGGUAAAAGAGAUGGAAGGUAUAAUUCGACGGCGCCAUCCAAACUCCCUGCCAGCUUUAAUCAUGACUGCUGCUGUAGCUCCUGAUGACCAGCCGGUGUCCAAGACUCCAACAAUGAGUGUCUUAGAAAAUCGUGUCAAGAAACUUGAGCUGGAACUGGAGGGCAAAGACAUUGAGUCUGAAAAGAUGUUACGUAGUGUAGAGCAGAAAUACCUGAACAUCAAGGUUCAGUAUGAAGAGCGUAUACGUGAUUUGGAGGCACAAUUAGCUAUAUAUGUACGUCCUGAGGACAAUGCCCUGAAGGAAUAUGAGCACCCGCACACACAUGCAGUUGCCCUACAGAAGGAGCUGGAUAGUGUCCGGGACCGGUACAAAGCCAGAGUCGCAGAACUCACCGAGGAGGUCAGCCGACUAAACGGGGAGAUAGCCAAAAUCUCGAAGGGACAGGAAGUAUCCUUAAAAAAUGAGCAAAGCUUCUCUAAAAACAAAGAGACAGAAUACAAAGCCCAGAUCCAAAAAUUACAGCAGGAUCUCGAUAUAAAGUCACAUGAUCUCGCUGUAGCAGUUAAGUCAGUGGAGAGGCUACGUAAGGAGAAAAAUCUGCCUGUAAGCGCUUCCUCUGGAUCUAAAGGAGACAAGAAUAGAAAAGGUAAACAGGCGUGGGAGGAAGAGGAGGCAUUGUCCCUCACCGACCGUGUCAACAGGGACAAACAGUAUCAACCUAACAGCUUCGCUGACAGCCAGAUCACUGAAACGCUACAGGAAAAUGAAUACCUCCGCUCAAAAGUUGAACAGCUACAGUUAGCGUAUGAUGAGCAGCGCCUAGAACUUCGUAAACUACAGGCAGAAUCUGAGUCUAUGGCCAGGAAGAGUCGCGAGAACUUUGAGGAGAGGAUAAAUGUCCUGAGGUCCUCCCACCAAAAGGAGUUUAGGAAAAUGCUCGCUGACCAAGCCCUUAAUCAUUCCACAUCACGCAUGGCGGAACUCCAGAGUAAAGUUGAUGCACAUCAGGUGCUGGUGCAUCAUUUGAAAGAGAAGCUUGUUAAGGCUGAACUGGAUAGUGAACAGGUGUCCAUCCUGAAGAUCCGUGAGGCAGGAUUAAAGACAAAGGUGGAAAAACUUCAGGAAUGUCUGAAGGAAGCUAAAAUGUGUCAAACCCCAGAAAUGAAACAUUUUGAAUCUAUCCAUGAGAAGAUUGUUCACAUGGAACAGCGUCAUGAACAGCGAGAGAAAGAGUUACAGGAAGUGAUCAGAAAUGCUAAACAAGUGGCCAGUGUUGAGCUCGAACAGGAAGUGCAAAAAUGGCGCAAAAUUGUUGAAGCUAAAAACAGUGAAAUUCAAAAAUUCCGGACAGAGUUGGAUGCAAUAUUAGAAGUGUUGCGAGUUUUACAGAGACAGGGCGUAGUAAUACCAAUUAGUGCUAGCGCUUCCUAACACACCGUUCACAGGUGUUAGGAGGAACUGGGUAUUGUAGAUACGAAAGCAUCAAAUCCAGCAGUGUUGGCAGUGGCCUUUGAGAUACAACAUAUCACAUCCGUGUAAAUGGGGGUUCGGGUUGACAUAAUGCAGGGCUUUAGCUAUCAGGCUCAAUUCAUCAUAUUUUAGGGCAUAGAAAAAAAAUUCAUUUUGUAUGUAUUUCUUUUUUGUUAAUUGGUCAGUUUUGUUUCCAAAAAGGGUUUAUUUUUAUUUUUCCUUCUCUUUUUUUCAUGUUAAUACCUAAUGAAAAUUACUGUCAGGUGACUCAAUGCUACACAGAUGUACCUUCAUUCUGUACAGUAAAUCAAACCACAGGGAGGCCAAAUUUGUCACAGGACACAGUAAUUGAUGCAUACUAAAAAUUCUUCAAAUGCAAAUUUUAAAUCAAUAUUGUAUUCUCAAGUUUAGAAUUAGAUAUAUUACAUUUCUUGUUUGACUAUUACAGUAUUGAAUCUCAAAAUCAAUCAGCAUGCAGUUAUUAUUAUCAACAAAUAUUUUUUUUGAAAUGAGUGGUAUGAAAAAAAUACCAUUACUUGAAUCUAAUCUGCUAAUCUGUCAACAGCUGAGAAGAUGCUUCAUGUACAAACUGUGUUCUGUAUGAAUAUGAUAGUCAAGGUUUCAACAGAAAAUUAGCAUUAUACUCAAAUAGUCAAAUUAGUGACAAAUGCUAUACAUGUAUACAUUUUUUUUUAAAUGGUAUUAAUUAUUUUUUAUGUUCUCAAACUAUUUAUUUAUACAUUAUAUAAAUAUUUUAGUUACUGCAUAUUAAUUUAUAUUGAUAUUUAUAUUAAUGUAAAGGAAGCUCAAAUCUGUUAAAUUUUUGGGGCUGAAUGUGUUAAAGAUGAAUGUAAGUAUGGUAUACAUAUAUAUGCCGUAUAUGUGGAGUGUAGGAUGGUGCUUAUGGAGGGGGGCCGCGGUGGCCGAGUGGUUAAGGUGUACCAACACCUUAUCACUAGCCCUCCACCACUGGGUUACGAGUUCGAAUGACCGUGGCUGUUAAUAGGACGUUAAACAAAAACAAACCAAAAAUGCUUAUGGAGAAUAUAUGAUGAUACACAGGCUGAGUGUAUGAUGUUACAUAGGGGAGUGUAUGAUAGGUAUGUGGUUUGUAUGAUGUUACAUAGGGGAGUGUAUGGUAUAUAUGUGGUUUGUUACAUAAGGAAGUGUGUGGUAUAUAUGUGGUUUGUUACAUAGGGGAGUGUAUGAUACGUAUGUGGUUUGUAUGAUGUUACAUAGGGGAGUGUAUGUUACAUAUAGAAAAUGUAUGAUGUUACAUAUGGAAAAUGUAUGAUGAUGAUGCAUCAAUAUUUGGGGUUUGUAUGUAUGGGAGUAAGUUAGUAUACAUACUUCACUGUCGGCGGAGUAGUAUUUUAAUGUUAAGCACACUGUGAUAAAGGUGUAUAUCAAUAGAUAGGAACAAUAAUGCCAGUAACUGGUAGUUUACCAAGUGUUUCACCUCAGGGUGCAUGCAGUCUUGCAAAAGUACUUUAAUUUUGCUGUAUGGGCUCAGCCUCUUGAAAAAUGUCCUUGAAAAUGCCAUUCUGUGUUACAUAUGUGUAAUACAACAAUUUCACAAUUAUGUGUGAGUUAAAUUAUAGCAAAGAUUAGAUAGACUCAAGAAAUUGGGCAAAUUGCACUAAAACAAAAAAUUGUAAUGAAAAUUAGAUUAUUUGACUUUGACCUAGAUGUUGUGUUACCAAAGCAUGAAUAAUUUGACCCAAUAAAAAGAUCUUUUAUUGAGUGUGUAACAAAUUGGGAUGUUUUACUAGGGUUAAGAUACCCUUGAAUAUGAGUCGACAAGAUCUGCAUGCAUGAAAAUACCAAUAUCAGAAGUUAUGUUCAGUUUAGUGUUACCUGUAACGAGUCUAGUGUUUACAGUGUAUCAGUGUACUAGUACCUGGUAAUUACCUGGACAGGAUACUAAGCCAAAACUAAAUUAUGACAACUGGUACAUGAAAUCACAUAUUUCAAAUAAAUCUAUUCAGUUGUAUUACA